AUGUAUGAAGUAAUGGUGAACUUUCAUGAAAAACAGUCCCACGUUAAUCAAAAUCGCUUUAAAAUAAAUAUCGGAUCAUCUGGACAUUUUUCUCUGCUUCUCCUUCACACGUGUUUUGAUCUUGCAGUAUCUGAAGAACCUCAUAUUGAUUAUAUAAUAUAUUAUAUCGGUUUUUUUAUAACCGAUUUACAUGAACAAUUGUCCAUACUUCAUUCACAAUCUGUAUCAACAUUAAAACCAUUAAUGACUGUCUAUCGAGGACAAGUUAUAAGUAUUGAUGAAUUAAAUAACAUAAAAACAAAUAUUGAUGGUUUUAUUUCAAUGAAUACAUUUUUUUCAACAACACUAGAUUGUAGUUUAGCGUUCACAUUAUCCGGUGAAGGUUCACAAUUAAAUGAAAAUAAAGUAUCGGUUGUUUAUAUGAUUGAUAUUGAUACAACAAUUACAACAAUGCCAUUUUAUAAUAUUAAAGAUUUAAGUUACUUUCAAGCGGAAGAUGAAAUACUAUUUAGUAUCGAUACAAUAUUUAAACUUAUAUCAGUUGAAGAACAUUGUAAUAAUGAUGUACGUGUUUGGUUAUUUGAAUUAAAAUUAAUUGAUAAAAUUGAUAAUGAUGAACUUGAUGGUUUAUACAAAUAUUUUAAAGAUCAAUUUAGUGGAGAAACAACGUCAUACGGUAUAUUGGCCUCUAUCUUAUAUGAAAUGGGUGAAUCUGAGAAAGCAGAAAAAUAUAGUCGAAUUUUACUUGAACAACUACCACCAGACGAUCCUGGUAUUGGUGUAAUAUACAGUAAUCUUGGUACGUUAUAUGCGAAAAAAAAUAUGUUAACAGAUGCAUUUAAAAUGUUUGAUAAAGCGAUUGACUUUUAUUCAUCAACAAAUUUAAUACACUACUCAAACAAAGAGCAUUUUUUAUCGAUAGCAUAUACGAAUAUAGCUUCAGCUCAUUUAGACAAUGGUAACUAUACUGAAGCAUUAAAAACUUAUGAAAAAGCACUUGAUAUGCAAACAAAAAUUUUACCAUCAAUACAUGCUCAUUUGGUUAAUACAUAUAAUAACAUAGCAUCUGUUUACAGUGAGAUGGGCAAUUUUCAUCAAUCAUUAAAAUAUUAUCAACUGGCAUCAGAUCUUUGCCAACAAGGAGCACUUCCUCAUAAUCAUCCAACUGUUGCAGUUAUUUAUAACAAUCUUGGUUUUAUAUUCGAUAAACUUGGAAAUAGAUCUAAAGCUAUGGAAAAUUUUGAAAUAGCACUUGAAAUUAGAAAAAAAUGUUUAGCAUCAUCAGACCAUCGAGCAUUCUCGUCUUCAUAUACUAAUAUUGGUACAUACUAUUUAGAUGAUGGUAAUUAUGCCAAAGCAAAAGAAUAUUUGGAUCUAGUAUGGGAACUUGACUCUAAAUAUCUACCAGUUAAUCAUCCAGAAUUUGCUACAACUUGUAAUAAUUUUGGUUUAUUAUAUGAACAACAGCAUGAUUAUACAUUGGCAUUUGAAUAUUAUCAAAAAUCAGUGGAUAUUUUGACUAAAACAUCAUCACUACCUCCUCAACAUCCACUUAUAGCCGUUGCAAAUAAAAAUUUGGCGAGAGCUUAUAGACAUCAAAAGAACUACGAACGUGCAAUGGAACAAAUUAGCAUUGCUCUUGAUAUUGAACAUUCAUUAAAUCCAAUUAAUCUUUCAACAUUAUCCGAUACACUUUAUGAAUUUAGUUGCAUAAAACUCGAAAUGAAUGAUUGCGACACCGCACUGAAAUCAUUUCAACAAGCACUUGACCUAAGUCAUAAAUGUUAUGAUUCAAAAAAACAUCGAAAAAUAUCUAAGCUUAAUAAAGAAAUUGGCAUUACACUAAUAAAUUGUGGUCAAUAUGAAGAAGCGUUAAAAUAUUAUCAACAAGCAUUGCAAAUCGAAUUAGACGUUUUACCAAAAGAUCAUUUCGAAAUUGGUCGAACAUAUAAUAAUAUUGGCGCUGUAUUAUCAAAAUUAAAAAAAGCUCUCAAGCACUAA